CCGCGGUGGGGAGCGCAGCGCUGGGGGUUGGGCCCGAGCCAGGCCCCAAACAUGGGAUUUGUAGUGAUGAGGGGGCCCCGCAGGCAGGCACGUCCCCUCCCAGCAUGCCGUGCGGCCCAGCAGUGACACGUCCCCUCCCAGCAUGCCGUGCGGCCCCCGGAGAGGAUUUCUGUAAGGCAGGAAACCUUGUUUGAUUCCCUCACCUCCCAGUGGAAAAGUUCAGCAGUCCAGCCUCAACUUGGAGCAGCCGAGACAGGUCACCGCUUGUGGGGAGCUGCCUGAGGGUUCGGUUGAGUGUGGAGGAAGAUGGAGGCCACUUUGCCGGCAGUGGCAGAGGAGCUUUUGAAAGAGAUAAAAAAGGCUUUCCAGGAGACCUCGCAUAUUCCUGAUGCUCUCCUGCUGGCGCUGAAGUUUGUAUUUGGCUCAUCUGCUGUGGCAGCCUUGGAUUUGGUUGAUCAACACUCAGUCACGCGACUCGUGUCUCCUAGUGGAAGGGCCGUGUACCAGGUCCUCGGGAGUUCAGGCAAACCGUACACCUGUUACGCCUCCUGCCACUUCUGCACGUGCCCUGCAUUUGCUUUCUCCGUGCUGCGGAAGAACGACAGCCUGGUGUGUAAGCACAUCCUUGCCGUGUACCUCAGCCAGGCCACAGGCGCAUGCCAAGAGCUAGCGGUCUCUGACCAGCAGCUGGCAAGCAUCUUACUGGCAGAGGAAGAGGAGGAAGGACUUGGGACCGUGUGCUAACACCAUCUCUCCUGCAAUGCCUCCCUGGCUCCUCUGAGGUACAGCGACAAACAUUACUAACAUCCCUAAGCCAACCACGUGUUGAUCAAGGCAGAUAGUUUUCCUCUCAAGCUGAAUUUAGGCUGGAAAUUAUUUAGCAGCCCUGCACCGUUGUAUUAGUUAGUUGUGUUGUAAUAAAUGUUCUGAAGCCUCAUAACAUCAGGCU